AUGUCUCGAUUCUUCUACCGCGGUGGUAGCGACAGCGAGUCCAGCUCUUCGGACGAGGAGGAGGAUGUCUACGAGCGUUCCGAGGCGGAGGAGGAGAGCGACGAGGAGUCCACCGAGUCCGAGUCCGGUUCUGAGGCCUCCGAUGCCUCCGACGAUGAGGGCAAGGCUGCCGGUGGUGCCGCCGCUUUCUUGAAGGAUGAGUCCGAAAGCGAGGAGGAAGAGGAGGAAGAAAAAGUAACGCUUGUGAAAAGUGCGAAGGACAAGCGGCUCGAGGGUCUUGAGAACACCAUCAAGUUGAUUGAGAAUGCUGAGAAGAUCAACGACUGGGCUGUCAUUUCGACUGAGUUCGACAACCUGAACCGCCAGAUCCUCAAGAUCACCCAGUCCGGGACCACCCCCAAGGUCUACGUCAAGGCCGUCGCCGAUCUCGAGGACUUCGUCAAUGAGUCCGUCAGCAAGCAGAAGGCUUCGAACAAGAAGAUGAAUGCCAGCAACCAGAAGGGAUUCAAUGCCGUCAAGCAGCGUAUCAAGAAGAACAACAAAGACUAUGCCGCCCAGAUCGAGAAGUACCGCGCCAACAAGGAUAGCUUCAUGGAGAGUGACGAGGAGGUUGAGAAGCCCGCCCAAGCUCCCGUAUCCAAGCCCACCAAGGUCGAGAAGAUCGAGACCCUCGCUGCUGCCGUUGCUGGUGAUGAUGACGACUUCACCACCGUCGGCCGUGGUGGCAAGACCCUGCAGUACACCCCUGAGAGCAUCCUCAAGCACCUCCGCGUUAUUGUCGAGUCCCGAGGAAAGAAGAACACCGACCGCCCCGACCAGAUCAAAACUAUGGAGAAGCUGCUGGCGGUUGCCACCUCUCCUUACCAGCGUAUCCGUGUUUACCUGACCCUCAUCUCCACCCGCUUCGACCUUACCUCCUCCUCCGCCAACUACAUGAGUCCCGAGCAAUGGAAGGCCGCCGACAAGGAGUUCGGCUCUAUGCUUGCCGUCCUGGAGGAGCACCGCAACCUUAUCGUCAGCGAGGGUGCUGAUGAGUGGGAGGACGACGAGAAGCAGCCGCAGAUUGCCGAGGGCGAGACUUUCUACAUCCCCGGCAGCAUUGUCUCAUAUAUCGAGCGUCUGGAUGACGAGCUCACUCGCUCCCUGCAGCAAAUCGACCCUCACACUGCCGAGUACAUUGAGCGUCUGAGCGAUGAGCAGCAGCUGUAUAACAACAUGGUUCGCGCUCAGCUCUACGUCGAGAGCCUGAACGCUGGCGAGAAGAACGACUCCCGGCAAGACAGCGUGAACCGGGUGAUUAUCCGCCGCCUAGAGCACGUCUACUUCAAGCCCUCGCAGGUGGUUUCGAUUCUCGAGGAUUCCACGUGGAAGGCUCUCCCCGAGCAGCUCGACUCCUCUAUUACUUCCCGCAAGACCGCUGGCGACGUCAGCAAUCUCGUCCAAACCCUCUCCCAUUAUCUGUUCCAGAACAGUGACGGCAUCAUCCGUGCUCGCUCAAUGCUGUGCCAGAUCUAUUUCCUUGCACUGCACGACCAGUACUACCGCUCUCGUGACCUGAUGCUCAUGUCGCACUUGUCCGAGAACAUCUCCAACUUCGACGUCAGCACCCAGAUCCUGUUCAACCGCACCCUUGUCCAGAUCGGCCUCUGCGCUUUCCGCGCCGGUCUCAUCUACGAGGCCCAGACUACCCUCGGUGACAUCUGCGGUUCCGGCCGGCAAAAGGAGCUGCUGGCCCAGGGUAUUAUCCUCCAGCGGUACUCGACCGUCUCCCCCGAGCAGGAGCGUCUCGAGCGCCAGCGCCAGCUGCCCUUCCACAUGCACAUCAACCUUGAACUGCUCGAGUGCAUCUACCUCACCUCCAGCAUGUUCCUCGAGGUGCCUCUCAUGGCUCAGACCUCGUCCGCCCCCGAGGUGCGCCGCCGCAUGAUCUCUAAGACCUUCCGGCGCAUGCUCGACUACAAUGAGCGCCAAGUGUUCACCGGCCCGCCCGAGAACACUCGUGACGGCGUCAUCAUGUCGGCCAAGUUCCUCGCCGGCGGCGACUGGAAGAAGGCCGCGUCAAUGCUGUCCUCCAUCAAGAUCUGGGACCUGAUGCCGCAGCCGGAGAAGAUCAAGGAGAUGCUGUCCGCGCAGACCCAAGAAGAGGGUCUGCGCACGUACCUGUUCACGUACGCGCCUUUCUACGACAGCCUCUCCGUCUCCUCGCUGGCCGAGAUGUUCGAGCUGCCCGUCAAGAAGAUCACCGCCAUCAUCAGCCGUAUGAUCUCUCACGAGGAGCUCGCUGCCGCCCUCGACCAGGUCAACGACGCCAUCGUCUUCCGCAAGGGCGUCGAGCUGUCCCGCCUGCAGUCCCAGAUCGUUACCCUCGCCGACAAGUCCAUGGGCCUGCUCGAGUCCAACGAAAAGACCCUCGAGCAACGCACCCAGGGCAUGGCCAACGCCUUCCAGCGCGAGCAGGGACCCGGUGCCCGUGGCCGUGGUGGUGCCCGCGGCGGCGGUCAUGGCCGUGGUGGUGCCCGUUUCCCCGGUGGCCAGCAGGGCCGGAGACCGGGUGGCCAGCAGUUUGGCGGCGGUGCAUUGGGUGGUGCAAUCAAGGCUUAA